AUGGAGUUAAAUGCCAAAGCCAUCAACAUGAUGCACUGUGCUAUCAGCGUCGAUGAAUAUUGGAAGGUAUCUAGAUGCAAGACGGUAAAAGAGAUUUGGGAGAAACUCCAAGUCACUCACGAAUGUACCAAACAAGUCAAAGAAACAAUGAUAGAUAUGCUGCAAAAAGAAUAUGAGAUAUUUUUCAUGAAGGAUGGAGAAAUCAUUGAUGAGAUGUUUGAGAAAUUCUCAAUCAUUAUAAACAGCUUAGAUGUUAUGAAAAUGACCCACAUUGAACAAACACUUGUGAAAAAAGUUCUUAGAAGUCUUACAAAAGAGUGGGAAAUAAAAGCAACCAUGGUAGCCAAGAGAAACAAUCUGAGUCCAUUAUCAUAUGAUGAGUUGAGAAGGAAACGUCUUGCAUAA